GGACGCGGAAGUCGUGACGUCACCGCGGUCAGCUGACGGCCCGCGUCACGUGACCGCUGGCAGCUCGUUGAGGACAAGGGCGACCGGCGGGGCAGCAGUGGAGAGAGCAUCCCCCAUGCGGACCGCGACGAGCAAGGCGCAGAGGCUGGGGGCGCCCAGGCCCCUGGUCUGGCUCUCGCUGCUGCUGGUGCUGCUGCUGCUGGAGGCGAGACCAAGCCAGGGAUCCGUGCUGCUGGAGGCGGAUCAGCCUCUCGGGGCCCCAGACGGGUGGCAUACCCUGGGCGAUGUGGCCCCCGACUCGGAGGUGGAGUUGACCUUUGCACUGAAGCAGCAGAACGUGGAGGCUCUUCUCGCUGUGCUGGAUCGCGUGUCUGACCCGGCCUCGGAGAACUAUGGCCGUCACCUGUUGCUGGACGAGGUGGGGGAGCUGGUACGUCCGAGCAAGGAGACGGAGCGGACCGUGCAGAGCUGGCUGGCGGUGCACGGGGUGACCCAGUGUAGCUCCGUGCUCACGCAGGACUUCCUUCUGUGCUCCAUGUCGGCUCGGGUGGCGCACCGCGUGCUCCCGGGAACGCGCUUCCAGCGGUUUGAGCGUGACGACGGGCACGCGGUGGUGCGCUCCCUCUCCGCCUACUCGCUGCCCACGUCCAUCGCCGCUUGCCUCGAUUUCGUGGGGGGGGUCCACCGGUUCCCGUCGUGGCAUCCCCGCGGCGUGCGGAUCCCACCCCUGGACGGCAGGGCUGCCCCCAACGUGUCGUUCCACCUGGGUGUGAACCCCAGCGUCCUGCGGCAGCGCUACAACCUGAGCGCCGCCGACGUCGGCUCCCACCCCAACAACAGCCAGGCGGUGGCGCAGUUCCUGGAUCAGUACUUCCACGCGUCGGACCUGUCGGAGUUCAUGGCUCUGUUUGGGAAGGGCUUCCCACACCAGAGCAAGGUGAGCCGGGUGGUGGGGCCCGACCAAGGCUUCCGCGCCGGCCUGGAGGCCAGCCUGGACAUCGAGUACAUCAUGAGUCUGGGUGCCAACAUCUCCACUUGGUUCUGGAGCACUCCAGGCCGGCGCGAGACGCAGGAGCCGUUCCUGCAGUGGCUGUUGGCGCUGAGCAACACGUCGUCCGUGCCGUGGGUGCACACGGUGAGCUACGGCGACGACGAGGACAGCCUGUCCCACGCGUACAUGAGGCGCGUGUCCACCGAGCUCGCCAAGGCCGGCGUGCGUGGCAUCUCCGUCCUCUUCGCGUCCGGAGAUUCGGGCGCCGGCUGCCGAGAGGUUUCCAAGGAUGUGGACACCUUCCGGCCCAGCUUUCCGGCCUCCAGUCCGUAUGUCACCACAGUGGGGGGCACCUCCUUUAAGGACCCCUUCAAGGUCACGGAGGAGGUCUCAGACUACAUCAGCGGCGGUGGCUUCAGCAACGUCUUUGCACGGCCGGCCUACCAGGAGGUCGCCGUGAAGCGCUACCUGGCGACCACGAAGCCCCUGCCGCCGGCGUCCUACUACAACACGAGCGGGCGCGCCUACCCAGAUGUGGCGGCACUCUCCAGCAACUACUGGGUGGUCGCCAACCUGGUGCCCAUCCCCUGGGUGUCCGGCACGUCGGCCUCGACGCCCGUGUUUGGCGGGAUCGUGGCGCUGGUAAACGACCACCGCCUCCAGCAGGGCCUCCCAGCGCUCGGCUUCCUCAACCCCCUCCUGUAUAAACUGGGCAACGGCCGGGGGCCGAACACCGCCAUUUACGAUGUAAUGUCUGGGUGCCACCUGGGCUGCCUGGACGAGCAGAGCCAGCUGGUGGGCUUCUGUGCCACGCCAGGGUGGGACCCGGUCACGGGCUGGGGGACCCCCAACUACCCGGCGCUGCUCAAAGCGCUGCUAAGAAGGCAGUGACGCACGCGGACGUGCGGGGGCGAACGCCUACACAGCUCGCACUCACCAUCGCGCUAGUCUUACUACAGUCCCACAUGCUCACAUACUCACACGCUCUCACGUUUACCACAAUCUCACCGAGGUACUCCCACACUGUUAUACACUCACACAAUCCCAAUGUCACGGUCUUACAAAACCACACACACACACACAGACUCGCACUGCACACACGCACAAAAUACUUUCAAACACUGCCUUGCAAAACUGCCUCCUAGCCACUGUGUCAUGUUAUUAAUCAGUCUUUGGAACUGCAGAAAUUUUUCUUGAUGCCGCUCCUCGCCCCUGUAUUCCCGUGCAUGCCACCGUGUGUGUGUGAUUUCUCCAUGAAGCCGGUCAGGGCUCCCUGAAACGCUGCACAUUGAGUCCCGGGUCACCACAUCCAUGUUGAAAAGCCACAGCAAACCUGCCGACCUUACCCAUUUCAGCGUGAGGCUACCGAUCUUUAAACCAAUUUACUGCGGACUGGUUAUCGACGCAAAUCGUACUGCUUUGUAAAAAAAAAUUCUUAAAUUACAUUUAUCUUUGAAAUCAAGAUUCGGCAAAAGGGUUUCACGAUUGUCGCGUUGUGGUAGGGCACGGUGCGUGCCAGCUGCUGUAUGAGAUCGGCGGCACUGCCACAGGUCACGCCUACACCAAGCCCUAACAAUCGCCCAGUUAAAUUUUGAUUUAAAGCUUUCGUGACUGCAGUAAUUCAUAUUUUUAGCUUUUUCGGUAAAGUCACGUUGAAGGGAAACAAUAAAAUAUAUUAACAAUCGCCCAGUUAGCCGAGGUCAAGCGGUCGGAAACCAAAACAAUAAGAGAGAUUUUUCGAAUUCGGAAAAAAACCACCCCCAAUUUAUCAAGAGCACGUGAUUAUGAGACGAUCCUGAAUAAAGAACGUCAGGAAACAGUCCUUAAAAAGAACCGCAUGCGGCUCCAGAGCCACAGGUUGCAGACUCGUGCCCUCGUUCGAUGAACACUGCAGUUUAAACUGGGGGCGUCUGGGCUCGUUAAUUAUUGCCAUCCAAACACAUUUCCAAUUCUCAGACUGUCCAAGGCUUGACCUGGACAUGCUGGGAAUUUGCAUGCCUUCCUAAACCCUGGUGGGGAUGAACGAUCUCAGCUGGUGAAGGACUGAAGGGAAAGUGGCUAGGGCCGGGCUACUGUGGACCUGGCGUGGGGCUCAUUCGAUGAGGAACUGCUUCUUGUCCGCUGGCUUUUGCUGACACGUUUCUUCUCCUGCCUCGGGUAAUGUUGGUUUGCGCUGAUGUAGAUGUUUAUAUUUGACGGGAUUUAACGGAGGUGUGACCUCUGGGGUGGUGGUGCGAUUCGCGAUUUACGCAAUAAAAGUUAAUUUGUUGGGUGAAA